GUCCUCAUUUCAUUCAAGCUUAAUCAUAUUCAAUAUAUCCUACACAUCUCCGCAUCAUAUAACACACGACUUAUAAGUCGAUCUCUGACAUCAUUUAUCUCAACUAUAUAUACUAUAAUGGGUUCAUCGAGUGAUGAUGGAAACAACAAUCUCUUGUCGAAGAUUGCGAUAAGCGAUCAGCACGCCGAAAAUUCUCCCUACUUCGAUGGGUGGAAGGCUUAUGAUAGCAAUCCCUACCAUUCUCUGAAGAACCCUGAUGGAGUUAUCCAAAUGGGACUUGCUGAGAAUCAGCUUUCUUUUGAUUUGAUUGAGGAGUGGAUUAAGAACAACCCUACUGCUUCUAUUUGCACUAGUCAAGGAGUUGGGCAGUUCAAAGACAUUGCCAUUUUUCAAGAUUAUCACGGCCUGCCUCAGUUUCGAAAAGCAAUUGCUAUGUUUAUGGAAAGAGUGAGAGGUCAUCGGGUUAGCUUUGAUCCGGAUCGGGUCGUGAUGGCCGGUGGAGCCACCGGAGCUAAUGAGCUCAUCAUGUUUUGCCUGGCUAAUCCCGGUGAUGCAUUUCUGGUUCCGUCUCCUUAUUAUCCAGCUUUCGACAGAGACUUGAGCUGGAGAACCGGGGUGCAACUCAUCCCUGUCCACUGUCACAGCUCCAAUGACUUCAAAAUAACCAAGCAAGCUCUAGAAGAGGCGUACGAGAAUGCAAUCCAAUCAGGAAUCAAUGUCAAGGGCCUCCUAUUAGCGAAUCCUUCAAACCCUCUGGGCACCAACUUGGAAACGCAACACUUGAAAGACCUGGUGAACUUCAUCAACGAAAGACAGAUUCAUCUGGUCUGCGACGAAAUCUACUCGGCAACGGUUUUCAGCCAACCGGACUUCGUGAGUGUAGCGGAGAUGAUCCAAGAAAUGGAGUUUGUUAACCGGGAUCUCAUACAUAUCGUCUAUAGCUUGUCCAAGGACAUGGGUCUGCCUGGCUUUCGGGUGGGGAUCGUCUACUCCUACAAUGAUGUUGUCGUCAGCUGCGGUAGAAAAAUGUCCAGCUUUGGGCUGGUAUCUUCUCAGACGCAGCUGUUUCUCGCUAAUUUGCUGUCGGAUCAAGUAUUCAUCGACAAGUUUCUAGCGGAGAGCUCAAAGAGACUAGGUGCCAGGCAUAAAAUCUUCACGGAAGGACUGGAAGAAAUCGGCAUCAAGUGUUUGAAAAGCAACGCGGGACUGUUCUUCUGGAUGGAUCUGCGCCCACUCCUCAAAGAAUCAUCAUUCGAAGCUGAAAUGGCGCUGUGGAGAGUCAUAGUCCACGACGUGAAGCUGAAUGUUUCACCAGGGUCUUCCUUCCAUUGCUCGGAGGCCGGGUGGUUUAGGGUUUGCUUCGCCAACAUGGAUGAAGAAACGGUUCAAGUCGCCCUGAAAAGGAUCCGGAAGUUCGUAGGAGGGAAACAAGUAGAGGUCCCGAAGAAAAGCAAAUUAAGGUGGCAAAAGAGUCUCCGCUUGAGCUUCUCGUCUCGACUGUUGGAAGAGGGCUCCAUGUCUCCUCACUCGCCACUUGUUCGAGCCAGGACCUAAUAUUAUAAUAUCAUAUCAUGCAUGCAAAUAUGCAAUCAAGUGCAUGCGUGGAAUGAGGAUUAUAUAUCUAUAACUACGUGCGUACAUUAUUCA